AUGGCUGAAGAGGAGAACCGUGGAGACGACGAGCAGAAGUUGCGCUGGACGCAACACUCCAGUCAGCAACUGGCGCUGAUGGCCAAGCUCCGAUCCACCGGCUACGCGGUUUUUACUACAUUCAUCCCCGCCGGUGUUGCCAGCCCUUGCCUCCUGGAUGACGAGGGCAUAAUCGUAUGGGCAGAGCCGUCCCCAUAUCAUACGUUGUCGGAGCGUGACAUCGUGAUUUCAAUUGGCGGCUGCGCCGAGGUCAGCAGCUCCAAUAUCACUCGCCGCAAUGCCCCUCGCUAUCUGACUAUCGGCCGCUUCCAGGAGACCACUUCUACGAUCAGCGAGGCUACGGACGAGUUUGUGCCUGAUGACCCGCAGCAGCCCCUGAUUGACGUGAUCAACAACAACACCCUCAUCGCGUUGCUGUUCAGCGGCUAUGUAUGCGGAGUAUGCGUCAGGAGCACCAAAACGCUGCGCCCUUUUCACGGCAUUCAACUCUGCGCCGUCCACCGCAACCAAAUCAGCCGGAAGCAACCACCUGGCGAGUGCGUCGAUUUCAAAACCCAUGGUCUCUUGCGACUCACGCAUACUCAGCCAAGCGACUGUCAUGCCUGCACGGCCAUCAUUGUCCGGCAGCUCACCGGCCGCGGCGGUUCA